GUGCGCCGCCGUCGUGACGUGUUGACGCAGCGUUGAUUCUGCGAUAGGCCGCAGCGGGAGCCGCUCGGUCUCUCCGAAGAAAAUAAAGAAAUAAGAGCGCCGUGGAGGAAAGAGAAGAAGAAACAAAGACUCGUCUCUGGAAAGGGAGGGUUACCGAGCGCUGCAGCGCGACACAGAAAGGGGAGGACGCUGAGGAGAGACUGCAGCCGCUAUUGUAACUCGCCCCCCUGCACUCCCUCCCAAACACAGAAAGAAGGAAAGAAGGAAAGAAGGAAGGAAGGAAGGAAGGAAAGGCAGGCAGGCUGAGGGGUGACACCUGCCUGGACUGGGGGAGUCUUCACCACACCGAGGAGAGGAGAGGGACCGGCAGAGAGAGGAGGCUGGUUCUGAGGGUGAGGCCGGAGGUACCAGACUCAAUGAGUUGCCAUUGACAUGUCCGAGAAGUCAGGCCAGAGCGCAAAGGCAAAGGAUGGGAAGACCAAGUACGCGACCCUCAGCCUCUUUAACACAUACAAGGGAAAGCCGCUGGAGACCCAGAAGACUGCAGUGGCUGCCAGGCAUGGGCUCCAGAGCCUGGGCAAGGUGGCCUCUAACAGGCGCAUGCCACCUCCAGCCAACCUGCCGAGCCUGAAAGCGGAGAACAAGGGGAACGAUCCCAACGUGAACAUCGUUCCCAAGGACGGGAGCGGCUGGGCGUCGCGACAAGACCAGCCCGGGGAGGAGCGGCCCCCGGAGAUACCCACACCCCCACCCAAACCAGGGCCCCCAGCCCCCCAGGAGGUAGCCAGUGGGGCCAGCCGGUCCUGGGGCAGCAGUAAGCUGGUGGGGCAGGGAGAUGGUGGCCCCCGGAUAAACAGCCUCUUCCAGCAGGAGUUUCCUAGUCUGCAGGCAGCAGGGGAGCUGGAGAAGCCCGGAUCGGACAAGGAGCAGCCAGAGGAGCCCUAUGGACCGGGGCCCAGCCUGCGACCUCAGAAUGUUGGCAGCUGGAGGGAGGGCGGUGGAAGGAACCUGAGCAUGGCCGGCUCAGAGCCUGACGUCGGAGCCCCUUCGGCGGAUGAGGGAGACAGCAGCACCCCCUCUCCCACCCUGGAGCAAGCAGAGCCCUGCAGGGCAGCGAGCGAGCAGCGGGAAGGAAAGAGGGAGGGCAGGGAGAGGCUCCCCAACAGCACUCAGCCUCCUCCGCAGGGGCUCAGCCAGGUCAAACUCAACGGGGGGCAGCCGUCCCCACUGGGAGUGCCUCCACAGUUCCAUCCCCAGUUCAGAGGCAUCAUGCCCCCCUAUAUGUUCCACGCCUAUCCCCGCAUGCCCUUUCCACCGAUGCAGGGCCCUUGCAGGUACCCGCUCCCUCCACAAGAAGCCGGGAAAGGCCCCAGGGCUGCCAGUCGGCCCCCACAGUCGUGGCCCCAGGAUGGGGUGGACAGGCCCUCCAUCAUCAGUGCCACAGAGCUCAAGGAGCUGGAUGUUCUGGACACAGAUGUGGACGAGGGCUGGGCUGGAGCCCAGAUGGAGGUGGAUUACACAGAGAAGCUCAACUUCAGCGACGAUGAGGAUAACCAGGCCAACAAAGACAAGGGAGACAACUGGGAGUGGAUGCGCACCCGGAGUUCGCAGUGCUCCGAGCGGUGGAAGGAGGGAGAGGGGUCCUGGGGUGAGAAUGCUGCUCCUGCACCCCUUUCACCCAACACCAGGGGGCAGCACAGCAAGACCAGCCAGCCCCCGGAGUACCAGGCACAGUCUGCAGGCCGCCCCCCAGCAGCAGCAGCUGCCGCAGGUGCACCGUCCCGGGGGAAGCUGCAGGCAGUGACAGGGGCCCCUGAGUCUGAGGACUCGGAGGCAUGGAGGCUGAAGCGCAAGAAACAGACGGAGCCUACCGAGGCCGUGGAGCGGGCGCGGCGCAGGCGCGAGGAGGAGGAGCGGAGGAUGGAGGAGCAGCGGCUGGCAGCCUGCGCGGAGAAACUCAAGAGACUCAACGAGAAAUUCGGGGCCCCGGCCAUCACCACCACCACGGCAGCAUCUCCAGAGAGCCAGGCACCAGAGGCACAACCAGCGCCCGCUGCGGAAGAGAGCGCAGAGAAGACGACGACGACCAACAUCCAGCCCCAGCCUCCACCCCGGGCACGCUCUCGGGAGAGAGUCCAGCCUGAAGAGCAGCAGGAGGAGGAGAAGGGGGUGGUGAUAGUGACUGCACCUCCAUUGCCAGAGUCAGGAGACAGGGAGGUGCAGGUGGAGAGCGAGGCUUCUGCCUCGGUGGAGAUGGCCCCAGAGGGAGAGGGCAGGAGAGAGUGCUUCAACAGCAAGGAGGCUGCUAGAGCUGAGGAGCCCCCUGUGCUGCCCCCUCUGGACCCCCCUCGCAGUGAGGACCCCCCAGCCCUGACCCCUGAGAGUGGGGAGGGGGAGUCUGUCCACUCGCGCCCCACCCUCCCCUCCGGAUACUCCAAACAGUUCCAGAAGUCCCUGCCCCCACGCUUCCUGAGACAGCAGGAGCAGAUGAAGCAGCAGCAAUGGCAGCAGCAGCAGCAGGCAGCGUCGGCAGCUCCCCUUUCCCCAGGGGCCCCGGCCCCCCCUCCCCAGCACCGCUCCCUCUACCAGCCCCUGGGGCCACACCAGCAGCACCUGGCCUCCAUGGGGUUCGACCCCCGCUGGCUCAUGAUGCAGUCCUACAUGGACCCCCGCAUGAUGUCAGGGCGCCCCUCCGCUAUGGACAUGCCCCCCAUGCACCCAGGGAGGAUGCCUCACAAGCAGCUGCUUAGGAGAGACCAGGUGGAGAUUGCUGGCUCCGGGUCCGAAUCGUUUGAUCACCUGGCACGGCCUGUCAAAGACCACGGGCUUCCCUCGGAGUCCCGCGUGGUGUGGGGGUCUGAGCCGUACCCCCAAACAGAGCCCCAGUCUGCUGCUACACCCCCCAAAGUACCAGAUGAUCCCAAGGAGCCCAGGUUCGAGGUGGGGGUCGAGUUGGAAAGGCGCACUCCUACAGAGACCAGUCUCCUUGAACCCAGGACCAAGACAGACUGCUUUGGAGACCUGCUGGAGCACGUGGGCCGCAGCUUCAUCAGCCGAGCCCCAGAGGACCUAGCGGGCCCCCUGCAGGCUGAGAAAGGUCCCGGGGUGCCCGGGUUCGAGCCGAAGGAAGGGAGCCUGGCCCCUGCAGAGGAGGCUCUUGGUGUGCCGAGGGAGAGUCCUGCAGUGCUGAAGAGGAGCGCCUCUCAGGGCUCCAGCCACUCUGUCAAGUUGGAGGAGCCCAGCUUUGAGGUAGCUUUCAAACCACAAGCCAAGGAGACGACCGACCGCUUGGAGGACAAGCCCAAGAAGGAGCCCUUCUCUCUGGGCAGCGGUGGCAGCAGGACCACCCCGCCAGCUGAGGGCCUACCCAAAGCGGACAAGCCGCCCAAAUCGAAAUCUGAGACGCGCUGGGGUCCUAGGCCGGGGGCCAACAGGAGGGAGGGGCCUGGUGGAGAGCGACCGCUCCGCAGAUCAGGGCCCAUCAAGAAGCCGAUCCUGCGGGACAUGAAGGAGGAGAGGGAGCUGAGGAAGGAGAAGGAGGAGCGGCAUGAGAGAGGAGGGGGGAGGAAGGAGGGACCCAAAACAGAGAGCCAGAAAGCACCUGUUGGCGAGGGGAUGAGGAGGGAGCCCCCUGCCUUGGCCCCUGAUACUUGGAAUACAGCGAGCGCAGGGAAGCCUGGGGGGGCUCUGGGGCCACCACUGGGGCUUUCAGCCCAGGAGGAGAAACAGGAGAAGCAGCCCCCGCCUGCCGUUGAGCAAACCCACCCCGAGACACCCAGGCCAGCCUCCAGGAAGGAAUCGAACCUGCCGCUGAGGGCUUACCGGGUUCAAGACCGGGACAGGGACCGGGUUCAAGACCGGGACAGGGACCGGGUUCAAGACCGGGACAGGGACCGGGUUCAAGACCGGGACAGGGACCGGGUUCAAGACCGGGACAGAGACUUGGGCCCAGAGCCAGGCUUCCGGGGCCGCGGCAGGGGAGAGUACUACUCUCGUGGCCGCAAUUUCAGGGGUAGCUACGGGGGCCGGGCGAGGGCUACCAGGGGCAGGAGUAGAGGGGAGUACCCCUACAGGGAGCCCCGGCCACGCUCGGACCUGCCCCUCGGCUCGGCUGCCUUGUUCCGGCGGCGGGAAGAGAGCGAGACGCGCAGCGAGAGCUCCGACUUAGAGGUGAUUCCCAAGAGGAGGCGCCGGCGCGGCUCCAACACGGACUCUGAGAGCGAGGCCCGGGACACGGCCAGCGACACCGGGGCCUCCGACAGGGACAGCAGCAGCAGCAAGGCCAGGCCGCUGCGCAGGGAUGACCCCAGGAGGAUGUUGAAAACAACAGCAGUCUCCUUCCGCCCUCCUCCUCCUCCUUACACCGCGCAGCCCGGCUCCAGGGAGCCUCGAGAGGAUGACGGGGGGCGCCCCAAGCCAGGCUUCCUCCCCAAAGUAGAGCCCUCCAGGCGGGGCAGGGGAGCAGGUAUGUACAGGAGGGCCGCUGGAAGGGAGAGAGGCCCACCCAGGUCGGCUCCAAUGAGACGUCUGGGGCUGAAGGAUUGCCAGUGGCCCUCCAAGCCCAUGGAGACAUUCCGGCCGGAGGGGGAGAGGCUAGAGCUCGGCCAGGGGCUGAACUCAGAACGACGGCCGCUCAGGUUCGAGGGGAAGAAGUACCCAGAGCCCAGCCGGGAGAGGCCCAGGAGACAGAGGCCAGCCCGGCCGCCUAGACAGGACAAGCCUCCCCGCUUCCGCAGGCUGAAGGAGAGGGAGGCGGCAGCGGCCGAGUCAGGGGGGGGGCCUGGCAGGGCCAUGCCCAGUGGCCCCCCGGACUACGCAGCGCCAGCGGGUGUCUCUGAGGCAGCAGGGAGCAAGUCCCCCGACCUGUCCAAUCAGAACUCCUCCGACCAGGCCAACGAGGAGUGGGAGACGGCCUCAGAGAGCAGCGACUUCAACGAGCGCAGGGAGCGCGAGGAGCGCAAGGGCGAGGCGGCCGCAGCCACAGCCUCUCAGGGGGCCCUGCCCAAGGGCACGGGCUCCGAGGGGGGGGCCGCACCCAAGCGAGAGGCCCUCACCGCAGCAGCCAAGAGGAGCUUCUCCAGCCAACGCCCCGGAGUGGAUCGGCAGAACCGGCGCGGCAACAGCGGGCCCAAAACUGCUCGGGGCUACGGUGGGGGAAGGGGAGAGCGCAGAGGGCCCGGGGGAAAGCCGGGGCGCAGAGGCACUGUAUCCCAGCAUCCAGACCAGCAGUCCGGCUCGGUUCAGCGGUCCGGGAAAGAUCCGUCCAGGAGACACAAGGAGGAGGCCAAGCCGGCCGCUAAGAAACCCAAGGAGAAGGUGGAUGCGCUGUCACAGUUCGACCUGAACAACUAUGCCAGCGUGGUGAUUAUCGAUGACCACCCAGAGGUGACCACGCUGGAGGACCCCCAGUCCAACACCAUGGACGACGGCUUCACGGAGGUGGUGUCGCGCAAGCAGCAAAAACGACUGCAGGACGAGGAGCGGAGGAAGAAAGAGGAGCAGAUUGUGCAGAACUGGAGCAAGAAGGGUUCAGGUGAAAAGGGGCGAGGCGGGAGCUCCAAGCUGCCUCCCAGAUUUGUGAAGAAGCAGCAGCAGAAACAGGCAGCAGCAGCGGCUCAGCCUCGGAGCCAGGCUCCCCUGCAGCCUGCACCCCAGCCUGUCGAGGGGGCUGUCCCACCAACCAGCAGCAGCAGUGAGUUCCCCGGCCAGGCCAAGGAACUGCCUGCCAGCCAGACUCACAGCACCCUUGGCACAGAGCUCUGGGAAAACAAGAUGACCACAUCCACCGUGCUCACAGACAUGACCAAGAAACUGGGACCCAUCAGCCCUCCCCAACCUCCCUCUGUCAGUGCCUGGAACAAGCCCCUCACAUCCUUCGUAGGCGCUGUGGCCCCAGAGCAGGGGGCAAAGCCUGGCCUGGACGCAGGUGUGGAGCUGGGCAUGGAGAGCAUCCAGUUUGGGGCUCCUUCGUCCUCGGGCAGCACAGACAGCGACUGCACCCCGACUCAGCUGGAGAAGGGCCCCGAUAACAAACUGCCAGAGCCCAAGGAGCAGAGGCAGAAGCAGCCGCGUGCCGGGCCCAUCAAGGCACAGAAGCUGCCGGAGGUGAGCCUCCCAGAGAAUAAGGAGUACAAGCCGGGCCCCAUCGGGAAGGAGCGCUCGCUGAAGAACCGCAAAGUGAAGGACGUCCGCCAGGCUGAGAACGAGGGGCCUGACAAGUCGGGUCCGGCGGCCGUCAGGAGCCCAGACCCCCACUCCCCCGCCAAGGACAGCAAGGGGGUCCCGGAGCUGGACUCUGACAUGGACAGCAUGAUCUCUGUGUCUACGCCCGAGUUCGGAGCCAGCAGCAAGGAAUCUGUGACGGAUUACACCUCUCCCUCCUCUUCACUGGCAGAGACAGUCUCCACGGGAAGCAGCAAGAUGGAGGAGAGCCUGGUCUCCAGUGUGCCCUUGCCCCACACCCUCCCCCUCCCCAGGAGGGAGACUCUGCAGCAGAGCUCCAGCCUGACUCAGGUCUCUCCUGCUACCGUUGACCUCACCCUCAAGAUGGAGUCUGCGCGGAAGGCCUGGGAAAACUCCCCCAGCAUGGUUGAGAAGAGUUCCCCAGUGUCCUCAUCUGCCCCCCCCAUCGCCAGCGGCGCCGGAGCCAACAGCGCCACCUACAGCUCCUUCUCCAGCGCGUCCCUGCCUUCAAUCCCAGUGGCCUCCGUCACGCCCACCACCUCCCUCCAGGUGUCUUCAGUGUCUCGCUGCACUCCCUCUCUCCCAGGCUCUGGUACCUACACCACAUCCUCCCUGAGCACCAAGACCACCAGCACCUCCGACCCUCCCAAUAUCUGCAAAGUGAAGCCCCAGCAGCUCCAGAGCAGCAGCAUGGCCUCGGCGGCACACUUCUCCCCGCUGGGCUGUAUCCCCUCCCUGCUCGCCCCCCAGCAGCAGCAGCAGCAAGCCCCGCAGGUCUUCGUCUCCCAGUCUGCAGCAGGUUCUGCUGCUCAGAUCCCUGCCUUCUACAUGGACACGAGCCACCUGUUCAGCACACAGCCCCCGCGCCUGGUUCCCCCCUCGCUGGCACAGCAGCAAGGCUUCCAGCCUGGGCUCUCUCAGGUUUGGGACGGCUCUCUUCAGACCCAGUCUCGAUUGUUUGAUUUUCCCUUACAGCCCACUGCAGUCCAGCAGAUCCCCAUCCCCAUCUACGCCCCCCUCCAGGGCCAGCACCAGGGCCUGGGCUCCGGCCCGCCAGUCUCACAGGCACAGGAGCUCUUCAGCACCUCCCUGCACCAGCCCUACAGGUCCCAGCAGGCGUUCUUGCAGAGCAGCCUGUCUCAGCCCUCGCCGGUGGUUCUGUCUGGGGCUGGCCAGCACUCCCCCAUGAUGCUGUCGGGGACCGCGCUGCACAGCUACCCCGGCGUGCAGCCCUCCGAUCUCAGCAAGGCUCAGUCUGGCCUGGCCUUCCAGCAGACCUCCAGCACCCAACACAUCCCCAUCCUCUUCGAACCCCAGCUCAACCAGCCGUCCGGCCUGGGGGGCUCGCAGCUCAUGGACACCCACACGCACCUCUUACAGGCACGCCAGGGACUGAGCCAGCCCUCCAACUUGUACUCUGGGCAGGUGCAGCAGCCUGGCCAAAGCAGCUACUACAGCUCCACACAGUCUGCCAGCUCUGCCCUGCAGCAGGUAAACGUACCCACACACUCGCACACGGGCCAGAGCAGCUUUUACAGCACCAGGCAGUACCCCAGCCCAGCCGUGCAGCAGAUGACGGUGCCUCUCCCGGGCUCCCAGCUCUCCCUUUCUAACUUUGGCUCGACGGGGGGCCACCAGCCCCUGAUCGCGCUGCCCCAGUCCAUGCAGCCGCAGGGCCCCCAGGCUCAGGCACAGAGCCUCAGCAGACAGGCUCAGCUCAGCCAGCCUUUCCGGGGGCUCCUGAACCAGAGCCAGCACAGCAUGAUGCAGGCUUCCAGCAAGGUGUGUGAGGUGGACCUGAAGCUGUUUGGCAGUGGGAUGGAUAUGAAGCCUGGGACCCCUCCGAUCAGUGCCAGGAGCACCACCCCCACCUCCGGCCCCUUCAGGGCCAGCUCCACCAGCCCCAGCAGCCAGUCCAGUAAGAUGAACAGCAUUUUGUACCAGAAGCAGUUCCAGUCUGCAGCGGCGGCAGCAGGGGUUCGAAUGCCUCCACACUUCCAGGCACAGUUCACACCGCAGAUGAUGUCUCAGCCCAGCCUGGUGCCUCCCAUGGUGAGGCCUCCCCAUGGCAGUUCUUUCAACCCGGGGGUGCAGCCUAUGGGCCCUCCGAUGUCCCCCUCCCUCAUGAGUCACCCCCGCCCGCAGUACAUGAGCCGCGGGCCCCCAGGGCCCCCCAUGGGACCCCGUGGAAACCAGGCCUUGCUCAAGGCAGAGCAGGAUCUCAAGGCAAAGCAGCGCGCCGAGGUGCUCCAGUCCACUCACAAGUUCUUCUCUGAGCAGCAGCAGCACAAGCCCGCUCUGAGCAAACCCUCCGACAGAAGCCAGCAGCCCUCAGAGAGCUUUGCACCACAGCCCCUCUCUCUGGGGCACGAGGGGGAUAAAGGGUCUUCCCAGCCCACCUCCUUCACUACCCCCAGUUCCAAACCUGUCCGGACCGGGCCCAUCAAACCCCAUGCCAUCAAACCUGAGGACACCAAAUAACAGGAGUCGUCGUCAGACCGCACUACCGCCUUUCAGACAUGAAUCUUCAGUAACAUCAUUAACUUCAAGAACACUGUCACAUCCACACUCGCACACUCACAUAUAUAAUGAAACUCCUUUCACUGAGGCAGCCCCUGGGUUGAGAGUUGAGGCUGCAUCGUGUCUCUUUCUCUGUCUGUCUGUCUCUCUUCCUCCCUGUGGUACGGUGCAGUUUUCUCAUGUUUAAUUGAGUCCUUUGUGUUUCCCCGGGGCUGAGAGAGGAGGUGCCAUGCUGACAGUGUGGCUGUCAAACCUUGAAGUCGCUGCAGAGUUUGCAAGGAGUUUUAUUUCUGGCUUUUUGGUUGGUUGUUUUUAAAAAUGUUUUUCUUGCUGUGACUUUUUCUUGCUGGAGUCCGCUGCCAUUGCGCCUGACUGAUGGAGGGCAUUGCCUUCUGCACCUGGGCAAUGCCAGGGACGCUUUUAUUAAACCCCACAUCUGUCAUCUCCACAAAUGAAAUCAGUCCACUGUUUGUUGUAGCUGUAGUACAGUACUGUAUCACACAGAUGUGGAUGGAAGAUUAAUGGCUAACAUUUGAGAGCUGUACGUAGUUGUGGAGACUGCCAUACCCAAGCUCUCUUCUCGUAACUCUCCCGUCCUGCCUCUCGUCUUUAUUUUCACCUCUAGUUACUAUUAUGACUGUUUCUCCCCCUAUUGGUCCUGUCUGAUUUGGCAGACUGCUGUCCCCAAGUACUCAGUGACCCCAUUGGCACUGUACAGACAGACACAUUGGAGCAACCAUGCUUGUUCUCUUUCGUUUGUGCAGGGUUAAUCACUCUAUUCACUAUGUACCGUCUUAACAUUAUCUGUUUUUUUUUUUUUGGUUUGAUUACAGAAACUAAUAAAAUAAGCUGUAAACGGA